GAGAAGGAGAGAAGGAGAGACACACGCGGGGAGGGAAAGUUUAAUCCUGCACUAACAGCUGUGUGGAGCUGCUGCGGUGUGUGUGUUUGUGUGUGCGCGCGCGCGCGCGAGUGUGCGAGUGAGAACUGGCUGAAGACUGCAUGCAUGUAACUUUCUUUGCGUGGGAAGAAUUAAACUUUUUCCUGCGAGUCCCGCCGGAUCUUCCUGCCUGCGCGAGCUGCCGGGUGGAGCCACUGCUGAUUGAUUUUUUUUCAAAUUAGAAUCCAAACAGGAAUCAUGGGUAGUAAAACACUUCCUGCCCCUGUACCGCUUCAUCCUUCCCUCCAACUGGCCAAUUAUUCUCUCCUCCAGACUUCAAACGGCUUUCACCUGCCCACUGAUCAAAUGCCUGGCAUCUACAGCUUCAGUGCUCUUCACGCCGUCCACCUGCACCACUGGACGCUGGGAUAUCCUCCGUUUUUGCCACGCUGCACCUUUUCUCGUUUCCCUCUCCCCUCCAUCCCUCUCCUCCCUCAGCUUGUGCAUCCAACCAAACAGGAAGCUAAGAGCAAACCACGUUUCGACUUUGCCAACCUGGCCGCUGCCGCCACUCAGGAAGAGCCACUGAAGGCAGAGGACCUGAGCGUGUCCGUUGGAGGUGGAGGGCACACCAACGCGCCCUCCCUAGGCUGCCUGCUUGAUGUUGCCAAACUGGCUUCACCAGAGAGGAAGCCGAGCCGAGGGCGUCUGCCUUCCAAAACCAAGAAGGAGUUCGUGUGCAAGUUUUGCGGCCGCCAUUUUACUAAGUCGUACAACCUGCUGAUCCAUGAGCGCACUCACACGGACGAGAGGCCGUACACCUGCGACAUCUGCCACAAGGCCUUUAGAAGGCAGGAUCAUCUCAGAGACCACCGGUAUAUCCACUCCAAAGAGAAGCCGUUCAAAUGCCAGGAGUGUGGAAAAGGUUUCUGUCAGUCCAGGACUCUCGCCGUCCACAAAACAUUACACAUGCAAGUCAAAGAGCUCAAACCUGCCAAGAUAAAGUGAGGUCACACCACAUUAGCCAAUGGGGACACUGGAAAAGCCAAAGAGACCCGAGGACAGCAGCCAAUAGCAAUAGCAACGUGACCAAAGAGUGAAAGGUGCAAGACUCAAACUAAUACGAUAUCAAAAUAUGGACUCACGGAGCCAGGAGCUUCUCGCUGAAUCCACAAACAUGAGCUGGUUCUGAAUAAAAAAAGAUUUCGGAUUUUUUUAACGUUGACAGAGGUCCAGCCUGUGAGAUCGCAGGAAAUACAGAACCACGAGGAAGGACUUCAAAAGCGAGAGCCAACAAUGUAGGUGUGUUUGUGUGUUGUGUAUAUAUAUAUAUAUAUAUAUAUAUAUAUAUAUAUAUAUAUAUAUAUAUAUAUAUAUAUAUAUGCACAAACACACCUACAUUAGUGUUUGUGGAUCACUGUGGAUUUAAAAGAAGACCCAAAUGCCUUAAAGACAUCGACUGAUGUUAGGAAAAUGGAGGGGAAUCCAAAGACCUACAGGACAAUAAUGUGAGCCAAGUGCAACAGGUCUUCAACAAGACCAAAAAAUGCAAAAGGAGCUAAACUCCAGCUAACACGAUAGCAAAUUAUGGAUUCAUGAAUCUGAGAUUUUGAUGAAAAUCCAAACACACUGCAGUUCUGGAUAAAAGCCAUGAGGUCGGCCAGAAUCAGCCAAUGAGGACAUCCCAGCAGUGCAGACCAAAGAGAUGUGUUUAAGAUGACCAAAGACAAAGUUCUUCCAGUGUUUUAAAUCAAGAAGAUGCCUAUAUAUGGAUUAAUGAAUUGCUGAAGUUACCAAAAAGUAUGUAAUUUGGAACUAAGUUGCAUCUGACCCUUCAGACUUUUUGAAGCAUAUUCAUCUUGGAUUUAUGGAUUUUUUGGAGAACUUUGGAAUGUUAGCAACCGGAAUGGAUAAAAUCCAGGGACUUGAGUGCACAAAAAUGUGAUCUUAGACUGUUUUUUUCUGUCUAUGUUGACAGAUACAUCAGUUUAUUGUUUAUUGAGUUCGGUUGAUAAAGCCCACUGAGGCUCUGCAAAGUACAAGACAAUCAUAAAUACUAAAAAAAUUAAAAUAAACAGAAAAACAAAGCCAUUAGCUCGACUAGCCAAAGCCACAUUCCAAUUUUUGUAAUAAUUUUUUGUACAGAUUUUCUUUUUUGUAUAACUGUUAUUUGGCACUUUAAUCUGUUUAUGGAUUAUUUACAUAUAUCACUGGAUUCCUUAAACUUGUUGUAAAAAAAUAAAUAGUCAUUUUCUUAA